GGGGCAGGGGGCACUGUGACAGGAAGCUUCGCACACAAGUUGGCCAUUUCAGGGGCAAAAUAAGUUCUCCCUUGGAUUUAGAAAGGACAAAGGCAGCAAGCUCCCUCUUUUGUGUCGGAUGAAGAGGACCAACCAUGAGCCGGAGCUUGGGUGCAGGCUCACCGCCUCUACCACCGCGGUCAGCUCCAGUUCCUGCCAGGAGUGGACCGUGCGAGGAAUUCGGUGAAGGGCUCUUUUAGCCCAAUCCUCCCUUAUUGAAGGACAGGCCAAAGAUCCCACUUGGAAAUGAGAGGAGAAGACUAGCAGGCAACAUUGGCUCCACCCAGUGAUAUCUCCAGGAGAUACAGAAACAGGAUUCAUGAAGAUGUUGACAAGACUCCAAGUUCUUAUGUUAGCUUUGUUUUCAAAGGGGUUUUUCCUCUCUUUAGGGGAUCACAACUUUAUGCGGAGGGAAAUUAAGAUAGAAGGUGACCUUGUUUUAGGGGGGUUAUUUCCUAUUAAUGAAAAAGGCACUGGAACUGAAGAGUGUGGGCGAAUCAAUGAAGACCGAGGUAUUCAACGCCUGGAAGCCAUGUUGUUUGCUAUUGAUGAAAUCAACAAAGACAAUUACUUGCUACCCGGAGUGAAGCUGGGUGUCCAUAUUCUGGAUACAUGCUCAAGGGAUACCUAUGCAUUAGAGCAAUCAUUGGAGUUUGUCAGAGCAUCUUUGACUAAAGUGGAUGAAGCUGAAUAUAUGUGUCCUGAUGGAUCAUAUGCUAUUCAAGAGAACAUCCCAUUGCUCAUUGCAGGAGUCAUUGGUGGCUCGUACAGCAGUGUUUCCAUACAGGUGGCAAACCUGCUGAGGCUCUUCCAGAUCCCUCAGAUAAGCUACGCCUCCACCAGCGCCAAACUCAGUGACAAGUCGCGCUAUGAUUACUUUGCCAGGACCGUGCCCCCUGACUUCUACCAGGCCAAAGCCAUGGCCGAGAUCUUGCGCUUCUUCAACUGGACCUAUGUGUCCACUGUUGCCUCUGAGGGUGACUACGGGGAGACAGGGAUUGAGGCCUUCGAGCAGGAAGCCCGGCUGCGCAACAUCUGCAUCGCCACUGCAGAAAAGGUGGGCCGCUCCAAUAUCCGCAAGUCCUACGACAGUGUGAUCCGUGAGCUGCUGCAGAAGCCCAAUGCGCGGGUCGUGGUCCUCUUCAUGCGCAGUGACGACUCACGAGAGCUGAUCGCUGCAGCCAGCCGCGUGAAUGCCUCCUUCACCUGGGUGGCCAGCGACGGUUGGGGCGCACAGGAGAGCAUCGUCAAGGGCAGUGAGCACGUAGCCUACGGCGCCAUCACCCUGGAGCUGGCAUCCCAUCCUGUUCGCCAGUUCGACCGCUACUUCCAGAGCCUCAACCCCUACAACAAUCACCGCAACCCCUGGUUCCGAGACUUCUGGGAGCAGAAGUUCCAGUGCAGCCUCCAGAACAAGAGAAACCACAGACGGGUUUGCGACAAGCACCUGGCCAUUGAUAGCAGCAACUAUGAGCAAGAAUCCAAGAUCAUGUUUGUGGUGAACGCAGUGUAUGCCAUGGCACAUGCGCUGCACAAAAUGCAGCGUACCCUUUGUCCUAACACCACCAAGCUCUGUGACGCAAUGAAGAUCCUGGAUGGAAAGAAAUUGUACAAGGAUUAUUUGCUGAAAAUCAACUUCACGGCUCCAUUCAACCCAAAUAAAGGAGCAGACAGUAUUGUGAAGUUUGACACUUUCGGAGACGGGAUGGGAAGAUACAACGUGUUCAACUUCCAGCACAUAGGUGGAAAGUAUUCCUACUUGAAGGUGGGCCACUGGGCAGAAACUUUAUCUCUAGACGUGGACUCUAUCCACUGGUCCCGGAAUUCAAUCCCCACUUCCCAGUGCAGUGACCCCUGUGCCCCCAAUGAAAUGAAGAAUAUGCAGCCAGGGGAUGUCUGCUGCUGGAUCUGCAUCCCCUGUGAGCCCUACGAAUACUUGGUUGAUGAGUUCACCUGUAUGGAUUGUGGGCCUGGCCAGUGGCCCACUGCUGACCUAUCUGGAUGCUACAACCUUCCAGAGGAUUACAUCAAAUGGGAAGAUGCCUGGGCAAUAGGCCCAGUCACCAUUGCCUGCCUGGGUUUUAUGUGUACGUGCAUAGUUAUAACGGUCUUUAUCAAGCACAACAACACACCCUUGGUCAAAGCAUCAGGCCGGGAACUGUGCUACAUCUUGCUGUUUGGAGUUAGCCUGUCCUAUGGCAUGACAUUCUUCUUCAUUGCUAAGCCAUCACCUGUCAUCUGUGCGUUGCGCCGGCUUGGGCUGGGGACCUCCUUUGCCAUCUGUUAUUCAGCUCUGCUGACCAAGACAAACUGCAUUGCUCGCAUCUUUGAUGGUGUCAAGAAUGGCGCUCAGAGGCCAAAAUUCAUCAGCCCCAGUUCUCAGGUUUUUAUCUGCCUGGGUUUGAUACUGGUACAAAUUGUGAUGGUGUCGGUGUGGCUUAUCCUGGAGGCUCCAGGCACCAGAAGAUAUACCCUUCCGGAGAAGCGGGAAACAGUCAUCCUAAAAUGCAAUGUCAAAGAUUCCAGCAUGUUGAUCUCUCUGACCUACGAUGUGGUUCUGGUGAUUCUAUGCACUGUGUAUGCCUUCAAAACAAGGAAGUGUCCUGAAAACUUCAAUGAAGCCAAGUUCAUAGGCUUCACCAUGUAUACCACCUGCAUCAUCUGGUUGGCGUUCCUCCCUAUAUUUUACGUGACAUCCAGUGACUACAGAGUGCAGACGACUACGAUGUGCAUCUCCGUUAGCUUGAGUGGUUUCGUGGUCUUGGGCUGUUUGUUUGCCCCCAAGGUACACAUUGUCCUGUUCCAACCCCAGAAGAACGUGGUUACACACAGACUUCACCUCAACAGGUUCAGUGUCAGCGGAACUGCCACCACAUACUCUCAGUCCUCUGCAAGCACAUAUGUCCCGACGGUGUGCAACGGAAGGGAAGUUCUCGACUCCACCACCUCAUCUCUGUGAUUGCGAUAUGCAGUUCAGUUCUCAUGUUCUUAGGCUGUUAGACAAAGAACACGGAAACAGAACAAAAGAACAACCCUAGUACCUUUUUUUUAGAAACAGUACAAUAAAUUAUUUUUGAGGACUGUUCAGUAUAUAGUGAUGUGCUACAACUUUUUAGGCUGAUUUUAGUGCCCCAAUAACACCCCUCCCCAAACAUGGAAAUAACCAUUGUUUACAGAGCUGAGCAUUGGUGACAGGGUCUGACAGGGUCAGUCUACUAAAACAAAACAAACAAAUAAAAAUCCCUAUACAGUGGCAAUAUUAGGUAACCUUUUUCCUAUGAAGUCUUUUGUAGGUUCUUGUUGUAACUAACUUAGGGUGAGUUUCUACGUUGUAUAUUAAAGUUACAUUAUGUGUAACAGAUUGUUUUUCUCAGUACAAAAUAAAAAGUAUCUGUAUUAAUGUAAAGAUAACCAGAAUAAAACCUUCGAGGUUUUCAAGCAUGAUGGAUAACGGUUUGUCCUUUUGGAUCACUCAAGGUAAUUUGAAUAUGUAGAUUUCAAGUCACCUUCUCUUGUUAAUGCUGGAAGUAAUCAUCUAACUGAGCUUUUCUUCACAGUCACAUAUUUGAAUGGAGUUGUAGCCAGCCCUGUCAGAGGGUUAUGAGUGGAAUUCUACUUUUAUAUAGAUGACAGUGAUCCGAAAUUGGCAAUGGGUGAUAACAUAAAUAUAAGACCAGUUCAUGAUUACGCAUAUUAUCUUUUUAAAACAAUGACUAUAUAACAGCCCAGAACUGUCAGAUGAGACAAAGGCUUUCCUGUAUUCUGAAGAGAGAGCUAUGACCUGUCAGAAAAGGUCUGGUGGAUCUGAUGUGCAAAAACAACCAUAAUGACUAGAAAAGAAACCAGAAAGCAUCUAAUAAUUCCACUGUGAAUUCAUUCUUGCCCUUUAUAGAUGAAUGGAGAAGUAGAAAUCCUAGAGAUCUUACUUCCCAUUGCUUUCCCAAGUCCUAGAAAUGAUGUCCCAGCAAACAGACUUAUCAUUAAAUUUAAAUAUUUUACGAACCUAAAAUAAGGCAUGAAAUACUUAUUACUAAAUACUUCCCUGUUUCUAUCAAACUUUUAGUUUGAUAUAAUAAAAUAUUAUAAAAUAAAAAUAUUGAGAAUACAUCUGUCUGUAGACACACUAUCAUGUACCAGGGGCAGAGAGUACAUUUGUUUCUUGUGAUUAUGGGGGAAAAUGCUAUAAACUAUAAAGUAGUUUCAAACAACAAAAAAUUGUUCUGUCACAAUUAAGGAAUCAGCAGGACCAGACGGCCUUCUAGAGUCAAAGAAAUGAUUCAUUCCAUUCUUUCUUUAGCACCUGGUAGUUAUAUGCUUCCUUGGCUUAUGGCCAUGUCACUUCAAACUCUGUUCAGUCUUCAUAUCACAUUCACCAUGUCUGUCUUGUCCUUUGUCUCUUAAAAUGUCAUUUGUCAUUAGAUUUGGAACACCUAGAUAACCCAGUAUGCUAUCACCUUGACGUUCUUAACUAUAUCUGCAGAGGCCAUUUGUUUGAUUUUGGUGGUGGUGGUGGUGGUGGUGGUGGUGGUGGUGGUGGUGGUGGUAAAGUUUUUGUUUUAAAAUAAAAUCGCAUUCUCAGGGAUCAGAGGCUAGGAUGUGGACAUAUUUUUGAGAAGCCACCCAUGUAGCCCACAAUGGAAAGACCGAUGCAGUUGAAAAGCAUACACCAGAACUGUGGAUAUAACUCAGUUGGUAAAGUUUUUGCUUUGAGUGCAUGAGAAAACAUUUUAAAAGCAGGACUUGUGGUGAAGAAUGACUGAGGAAGGAAAGAAGAAUUAAAUAUAUGACAGACAGUAUUUGAAAUAGUAAAAUGUAAUAAUACUAUUUUUAAUAUAUCUAGAAAUAGUGGACAGGGGCAUGAAGACCAAAGGGAUUAUCCUUGAAAGAAAUAGGAUGCUGGAAAAAUUUCUCUCCUGCAGGCAUUUGAAUGAGCAACCUAAGGAAUCCAGCUACAACCCACCAGAUGCUUAAAACAAUGGUGCUUACCACUGCCUGAAUCCUCACACUCACAUAAGUACCUGAAAUUUGGGGAGUGAACUAGGGUAGGAUGGGUAACAGAUUCAAAGACACUAAACAGCAAAAACAAAUUCCACUCUGACCGCACUUGGCAGGAGAGCCAGACAAGCAUGCUCAGAAGGGGCAUCUGCUUGGGAUAACGGCUGAGGAAGGCUGAUGUGUGCAAUUGAGCUCCAUCCACUGAUGGAAGGUGACAGUCUGAGGAAGGCAGUAUCAGCUGGGCUGUUCCCAGGCACAGCUGAUGCCUCUAACAAUCAAGCUGACUGUGGAUCUUAAAGCAAGUCCUUUAGGGUCAUGUCUAAAUCAUGGGAAAACCGUAGUUUUGAGGGCUGGGUUUUGACCCACACCAACUACAUUUUAUGCCCUGUCAGGACACUGAAAAUCAUUCAUGGGCAGCUCUGUCAUUUUUUCCACCCUUGCUACUAAGCCUUGUUUCUAAUUAGAAAGUGCACCAUCUACCAUAUGAUCCCUAGAAAUAAUUUUGUAUAAGCAUUCAACAUAUGUGUGGAAAACAGAUGCUAUACGAUCUUUUCUCUUAUGUAAGACAUUUUAUUUAAAAAAAUAAGUUUGGAAGCUUUUUUUUUCUAUAUUAGUAACAACAUUUCAUCCUUCCAGAAUGCAAAGCUGAUUGAUCCAUCUCUGCAAAACUUCUCUAAAUUUUAGAACCCCAAGCUAAAUAAUAGUCAUAAAAGAAACUUUCAGAGGCUAGCUAUCUACUUGCCUUGUGUUUCUGAAUAAUUACUGGACUCUCUGCAUCCUCUCUAGCUUAAAUAUUAAUAGGUUUUCCUGCCCACCCAAGCUUAGCAUGGUAAAGGAAAGUUGUUCCUGUUUUAAAACUUUGAGCCAAGCUGGCUUCUGUACGACACAGAGGACAGAUGUCAAGAAUGGCUGAGAAAGGUAAUCUCUGUCUUUACAAGCCUCAAGUCCACAUGAUCUCUCAGCUAGUCCCUGCUUCAUCCGUUUGCCUGUCCUGAUCAUUCUAAAUCCCAUAGUCUGUCUGGAAAAGGUUGUGGAGGCAGGGGAUGUGAAAAACCACACAGACAGAUUUGAACUGGAACCCUGAGGUAAAGGUGCACACCCAUGGGUGAGGCAAUUACCCACCCUACUCUGCAACAGCAGGCUUAGAUUUACGUAAUUCUUACUGGUUUACUUUUAUUUGAAAUGCAGCCAAAAUAAUUUUGAAAUCAGUUAUCUGACAUAAAGGAAAUAGUGCCCAAUCUACUCCAAUUUCAUCAAAACUCAUAAGCUCUUUUAAACAGAAGCCUCCUUCCAGGAGUUAUUAAAAUAAAGAAAAAUCCAGCUAACCAAGGUCUUAAUUGACAUUUCAUUUAAAGAAAUUGGAGGUGUUUACUGAACCAACAAUCAAUGAAGGAAAACUAAAUACAAUUUUAGUUUCAUAUUUAAAGAGGAUCUGGUAAAUGGGCAAGCACUGAGGUACAUCGUACAUGAACAGAUGUCAUAAAUAAACCAGGAAAGAAUCUAUAGUACCAGGUCUCAAGAGUCCAUACUAUUUUGCAUGUCAACAUCCCAUCCUCAGAAGCUAUCAUCUACCUAUCAAUAUGAGAACGUAAGUGAGCCACACAUCCCACACUAACCAAGCAGCUGGCUUUCAUGAGUAAAAUAGAAGCACGUUAGCCUCCCCUUAGGAAUGACUAUGAGCCCUGGGAAACACUGUUACCAAAAGACAUCAAAUUACACUGGCCAGAUGAGACUCACAGAAGCAAACUGCCAGCUGCCCCCUGAGAACCCUGAUGGUGAAUAACUGGACUCCAGUAAUUCUUCCACGGUACUGACUGAAACCAUCAUUUUUGGGGAAGAAGAAUGACAAAACUCUACACAAAGGUACUAUGAAAUGUUUUUAAUCCUAAGAAAGUUAUGAUUAUUAGUAACCAAAGAGGGGAAAGGUCAAUAAUGAUAAAAUUCAGUCUUUUAAAUCGAGUGAAUACAUAUCAAAUUGCUCAACAUUGUUAAAUGGCAUAAUAUAACAUAGAAGGCAUGUUCUCAUCCAGUGGGAAACUGACUUAAGUAUGUUUUGAUACAGUGCUAAGAGAUGUUAUAGGCAACAGUUGACUUAAUGAAGUAUUUAAGGCUCCAAAGUAUGCCUUUUAGAAAAAAAAUAAUAUAUUUUUCUAGCACUGGUAGUGAUGGGGGAAUUAAAUGUCAAUGAAAAGUCAUAGAAACAUAAUAAUUUGUUUAUACCUUUCAACAUUUUACUGGCCUUAUCAAAGGCCAUACAUAAAACAAAGCAGAAUUAUAUAGCUAAAACUGGUCUGCAUAUUCUCCUCAUAACAUUCUCUCUGCCAUCAUUCUUCAGCUCUUAGAAUAAAAUGACAAGCCAGGGGAAUCCAAAGAUGGGACUGAGCUGACAGAAGUCUAUUUAAUAUCUAAAAUUAGAAAUAAAAUAAAUAACUUCUUCAAUAUCAACUGCAUUUUCAGAGUUCAUUAAAAUUUAAGGCAUUUUUGACAUGUCAGAGAUUUUAGUCCAGUGACAAGCGAAAAGGAACUACCUGCGAGCAAAUCCCAAUUAUCUCUACGGCUUGGAACCUGCAUGCUGAGCAGAGCAGAAAAUGAGGAGGGGACAGCGGUAGAGGAAACUCUCUGGCUGUCCAGUCUGCACUUCUGCCCCUUCCUCUGGAUCGCAUUUCAAGUGUAUUGCUACUCUUAUGACUAAAUUUUGAUUAUUUUGAUAGGGAAAGAAUGCCAAUACUCUGAUAGUGUGGCAAAAAUGACCAAAGCCAAAAUAAUCUCUUAUUCAGAAGAAUAUCCAAGAAAUUAUGCUAAGUAACAUUCUCUUCAAUCUUAAACAAACAAUAGCACAACAUCAUCUAUUUCUAUAUUUAAUAGUAAAUACAUACACACACACACCAAAAAAAAAAAA